AUGGCUGAGCGUCUCAAGCGCGAAGUUAAAGAAAAUGCCCAUCUCCGCCGCGAGGUCCGCGCGAUCCACGCCCCGGGCGAGUUUCUCAGGGCAACGACACCGGAAAGUCUCAACAGUGAAAAAGAACCACGCCCCGAGGUAUCCGCCAUCCGUCUUCAACGUGGGGCUGACUGUAAAAUUGUCAGGAAAGACAUUAACGACAAUGUAUCCUUUGGUCGAUCUUGUACUGUUCUUAUCACGUUCUACCUCGAAAACUUACUUCUAUUCUUAUUCCCCUUCUACUGCCCUUCUCCCCUCGAAGGCGUCUGGGAGACGGUGCUCUCGCAGACUAGAGAUGCAUUUGGGGUGCUGAGACAGUCACUGCAGGUUAUCGACGGCUCAGGCAUCACCGAGCACAUACACGGCGCUGUGAGGAUUAUGGCAAGCAUCAUGCAAAUGCAGCGUUUCGAAAUCACUAUAUUAUGCUUCGAUAACUGUCAAGCGCAUCUAAACACCGGCUUGGCUCUGUUCAAACAACUUCUCGAGAGCCCUGGCUCAGUCGAAUCAACAGGGCUUAGCUCAAACUUCAACGCUGUCGUAGAUCGUCUAGGGCCGCCAACAGGGAUUUCACCCGCCCAGGAUGUGAAGGUUCAAAGUGCCGAGCAGGCCGCUUUCGUUUCUCCUCUGCCCUUUUGA